AUGAGCCACAACGAGCAGAUCAUCGCCGGCUCGGCGAAGCACCCAAUUGUGCCCCAGCACUACAGGUAUGGCACCGCUGGCUUCCGCAUGAAGGCCGACCUCCUCGAGGGCGUGACCUAUCGUGUCGGCCUGCUCGCUGCCCUCCGCAGCCGCAAGCUCAACUCCCAAGCCAUCGGUGUCAUGAUCACAGCAAGCCACAACCCCGCCAUCGACAACGGCGUCAAGAUCGUGGACCCCAUGGGCGACAUGCUUGAGCAGGAGUGGGAGAGAUAUGCCACAGCUCUCGUCAACGCCCCGAGCGACAAAGACCUGGCCAAGAUCUACAAUGCUCUGGCCACCGACCUCAAGAUCGAUCUCGAGGCCCCCGCCAAGGUCAUCUACGGCCGUGAUACCCGACCUUCAGGCCACACCUUGGUCACCGCCCUCGCCGAUGCCCUCGAUGCAACCAAUACCGAGCAUGUCGACUACAAGAUCCUCACCACCCCCCAACUCCAUUACCUUGUGCGCGCCACCAAUAGCGAAGGCACACCCGCCUCCUAUGGCGAGGUCAGCGAAGUCGGAUACUACAAGAAGCUCGCCGAGGCCUUUGUUCGGACCAUGAAGGGCAAGAGAAUCCCUCAAGUCCUCCAAGUAGACUGCGCCAACGGCGUCGGCGGUCCCAAGCUCAAGGAAUUCCUCAAGCACGUCCCUCAAGACAAGGUCCCCUUCGAAGUCCAGGUUGUAAACGACGAUGUCCUCCGCCCGGAGGUCCUAAACCUUGAUUCCGGCGCCGACUACGUCAAAACAAAGCAACGUGCUCCCCCCAUUCCUAAACCCCAACCCGGCCUGAGAUGCUGCUCGCUCGACGGCGACGCCGACCGCCUAAUCUACUACUGGCUCGAUCCAGAGACCAACGUCUUCGUCAUGCUCGACGGCGACCGCAUCUCUUCGUUGGCCGCCUCCUUCAUCGGCGACCUUGUCGAGUCUGCCGGUCUUCGAGACGAACUCCGCAUCGGCGUAGUCCAAACCGCCUACGCCAACGGCGCAAGCACGCAUUACAUCACCCAACACCUGAAGCUCCCCGUCAUCUGCACCCCCACGGGAGUAAAGCACCUCCACCACGUAGCCCAGGGCUUUGACGUGGGAGUCUACUUUGAGGCCAACGGCCACGGCACCGUCCUCUUCUCCCCCGACGCCAUCAACGCCUUCAAGAAGACCACCCCCCAAUCCCCCGCCCAGAAGGAAGCUUUGGACACCUUGGCUGCCUUGACGGAUCUGAUCAACCAGACCGUCGGUGACGCUAUUUCGGAUAUGCUUCUUGUGGAAGUUAUUCUGGCGCACAAGAACUGGAACUUGAGGGACUGGGCUUUGACAUAUCAGGAUCUGCCG